GGCAGUCCCAGUCUAUGCUGGGGAAGUUAAAGUCACCUACGACGAGAAGUCAUUUUUACAGCGGAGCACAAUCUCUUAGCAUAGUUAUUCUUCGAAUUGCUGUUCACUAUUUGGGGGCAUUUAAUACAAUCCCUGUCUCAGGACUGACGAGGCUGCUCGCUGCGAAUCACUAAUUGCUCAUCUAGCUUCUCUCGAUUGCCGCGGCGACAGGUUAUUUUUGGGCGCUAUCGCUAGGAUUUCGCUGUGCGGCCGCAGAGGGCGUAGGAAGCGGAGUCGCGCUCGACAGGAGAGCCAGUCCAAGCGGCGAAUCUCGGCUCAGGUCGCUGCGAGACGGGCGGUGGCGCAGCUUCCCCAACAUUUCCUGCCAUCUUCAAAGAUAUUUUGAGCAUAUAUCCCAUCUGUUUUUGCAUCCUUAUUUAAGUUGUAUUGCUUUAAUAGGGGUGCAAGAACAGAUCUGUGUACAGCUGCUCAUUUUGCCAGAUGACAUGGGCCAUCCUGAUAUCUCUUGCAUCCAUUUCAUUCCUUGCUACACACCCUCAGCUUCAUUUUAUUUGGAAUUCUACUCCACACCUCGAAUAUCAUCUAAUAUAUGCCAACAAGAAUGGUGGUCUAGUAAUUCUGUCCAAAAAGCUUGCAAUCUUUGGAGGAAUCCAAAGCAGUGACCAUGGCACUGGGGACGGCGUGGAAACAGAUGUCUUGGCUAUACUAUCAGUACUUGUUGGUUACAGCACUAUAUAUGCUUGAACCAUGGGAAAGGACCAUAUUCAACUCCCUAUUGAUAUCUAUUGUUGGGAUGGCAGUGUACACAGGUUAUGUAUUCAUGCCUCAGCACAUUAUGGCAAUAUUGCACUACUUUGAGAUUGUACCAUGACUGCCUUAAGCCUGGACCAAGGACCGGAAGUACACAAGGGAGUAGGAAGAUCUCUAUUUAGUAACUGCACUAAGAAUGUUGGUGAAGAUCAGCUUGAAUGGAUUAUAAAACUAGAAGCUUGCAACCAAAAUAGAAUGGAGUGUAUUUCAUGGUUUUGUAUUUAUUGUUUUAAUAUACAUUCUUUCAACAUUAAACUGCCCUUGUUAACCUAGUUAAUGUAUUUACUGAUAACAGUACUUGCCUUUUUUUACAGUGUGCAUAUUGCACUGUGAAUGCAUUAUUGUAUCUUUAUAUAAAUGUCACUAUUGUAAAAUGUGAUACAUGUAAUUCAACUAUAUCUUGGAUCUCAUUAAUUAAAUAUUUGGUAAAAUGCCAUAUUUGAUAAUAUAUCAAAGUCUGAGAAUUUAAAUUUUUAACUUUUUUGAAUUUUUUGGCACCUAGUUGGAAUUUCAUGAGAUGCAUAUUUUGAAGUAUCAUUUUUAAUACCAUUUAAAAAUGACCACCUGUAAGGACUUGUAUAGAUGUCAUAUUUUUGGUGUCCUAAAAUUAAAUAGAAAAUUCCUAUGA